AUGUUAACAGACAUUUUCACUUUGUGUCUGAUAUCAUUCAGCACCUUGCACGCGGGGUCUUCUUUGCAACUGCACCUCGGCAUGCCCAAUGUUUGUGCCGACCAGGAGAUGUCUCUUUUGAGGAGCCCUCAGCCUUGUGUUCAGGCUUUUACACGCAUGGUGAAGGUGUGGAGGCAGGGCUGCACAGGCCACAAAUGGUGUAUAAGUCACGAGAGGAGGACAACGUACUACACGACGUACAGACAAGUGUACAGGACGGAUAUGCACACAGUUUUGAAGUGCUGCCCUGGUUGGACUCAAAGGGAUGGCGAAGCUGGCUGUCUCCAUAGGGUAUGCAGUGCCAAUAUGUGUUUUAAUGGAGGUCGAUGCGCAGAGAGUGGCGAUCACAUAUGUCAUUGUCCAAAAGGCUUCAAAGGGCCGAGAUGCCAAUAUGAUAUAAAUGAAUGUGAGGUGGACAAAGGAGGCUGUGACGAAUACUGUUGCAAUACCUUUGGCAGCUACUACUGCAAGUGUCCUCAGGGCAGUGAGCUGGGGCCAGAUGGCAAAUCUUGUCAUGAUGUCAAUGAAUGUGCGGAGCUCAAUGGAGGAUGCCAGCAGAUGUGCGUCAACACACUAGGCUCCUACCAUUGUGAGUGCGGGGAAGGAUUCCGCAUGCAUACUGAUGGUCGGACUUGUAUUGCGGUAAACUCUUGCUUGGUGUUGAAUGGUGGUUGUGAGCACAAGUGUCUAGACAUGGGGAACAAUCACUACAAAUGUGAGUGUCGAAAGAACUACAAGCUCAAGACAGAUGGGAGACACUGUGAACUGAGGGACCCCUGUGAGGAGAGGAAUGGAGGCUGCACACAGCUGUGUGAGUCUGUGGAUGGCCGUGUCCACUGCAGCUGCCGACCUGGUUUUACUCUGGCUGAAGGUGGCAAGAGCUGUGAAGACAUUGACGAGUGCAAUUCAGGCCAUGACAAGUGCUCUCAUGGAUGCGUCAACACGCUGGGCUCCUUUCGUUGUGUGUGUCAUCCGGGCUUUGACCUCGGUGCAGAUGGAAAACGGUGCUACCGCAUUGAGAUGGAGAUUGUUAACAGCUGUGAGAAGAAUAAUGGCGGCUGCUCUCAUCAGUGUGAGCACACCACCAACGGGCCCCUUUGCUCCUGCCAUCAUGGCUACCAGCUAGACCAGGACAGGAAGACCUGUGUAGACAGUGAUGAGUGUGUCAAUGGGGAAUCCUGCUGCAGUCACUUCUGUAGAAACUAUCCAGGCGGGUACGAAUGCAGCUGUAGAGCCGGCCACACACAAAACCCAGAUGGCUGCAGCUGCGACGACAUCAAUGAGUGUCUGGCAGAGACUUCAGGCUGCGACCAUGACUGUGUCAACACCCUGGGAACAUAUGAGUGUUUUUGCCGAAAUGGUUUCCGUUUGGAUCAAGAUCAGCACACCUGCAUCUCUUUGUAUGGUAGAGAGUUGGAGGAAGAUGACGAGGAGGAAGAGGAAGAAGAUGAAGAGCAGCUGGAAGUCUACAAGUUACCACAGCUUUUCUUCCGCAACGUUCCCCAGCUCCUCCAUUACACAGCAGCUUUGCAUUCGCGCUAUGGCAGUGAUGAUGAUGAUGAUGAUGCUGGUGACUUUGACGAAGAGUUUGAGAGCCUCAAAAAACAUCAUGGAGAAUUUAGAUUGGAUAACCAAAUUGUGUGUCUGGAUAACUCUUUUGGGGAAGACUGCAGUUGGCGAUGUGAAGACUGUGUAAAUGGAAACUGUGGUGAAAAUAAAGACCGCUGUGAAUGUUCACCUGGAUGGGCUGGCCUUAUCUGCAAUGAGACUUGUCCUCAGGGCACUUAUGGGCCGACUUGCAACAGUCUGUGCCGAUGUAAGAAUGGAGGCACAUGUGACCCUGUGACUGGGAGGUGUUUGUGCCCCCCGGGGGUACAAGGUCUACUCUGCGAGACUGGUUGUCCAAGGGGCUAUUUUGGAACUCACUGCAUGAGAAAGUGCAACUGUCCCAACAAUGGACAUUGCCAUCGGCUAUAUGGAGCUUGCCUGUGUUCUCCAGGGUUAUAUGGUCGACACUGCCAUCUGCCUUGUCCCAGGUGGACGCACGGCGCUGGCUGCUCGAAGGAAUGUGACUGUCUUCGAGAACAUUCCACUGGCUGUGACCCUAAGAUGGGGAGCUGUAUCUGUAAGCCUGCAUACCACGGCUCACGAUGUGAGGAAGAAUGUGAGUCGGGCUUCUUUGGUGCAGGCUGUGAGCAGCUAUGUGACUGCCCAGCUGGAGGGUCAUGUGACCCCAGGACUGGAGAGUGCAGCCAACAAUGUCCUGCGGGCCUUCACGGCGAGAGAUGUCAGCUGGUGUGUCCGGACGGCUUUUACGGUCUUGACUGUGGCCAGAUGUGUGAGUGCCAGAAUGGUGCCCGAUGCCACCACAUCACAGGAGCCUGCCAAUGCACCGCUGGCUGGGCAGGACCUCACUGCAUUCUGGCUUGUUCCAGCGGAUUGUUUGGUGAGGGCUGCGAGCAGAAGUGUGACUGUGUCCAUACCUCGGGUUGCCACCAUGUGACGGGCCACUGCCAAUGUGAGCCCGGUUGGAGAGGAGCCAAGUGUGACAAACGAUGUCGCCCAGGCUCCUAUGGACCAAAUUGCAAGUCUCGAUGCAGUUGUCUCAAUGGUGGUCGCUGCGAUUUCAGGACGGGGACCUGCCACUGUCCUCCAGGUUUCAUUGGAGCGGACUGCAGCUCACAAUGCCCGAGUGGAUACUAUGGCAAAGACUGUGCUAAGGUGUGUUCUUGUGGGGAAGGUGGUCAGUGCCACCCAACAAAUGGAAGAUGUAUUUGUGCAAUUGGGAGAAUGGGGCAAUCCUGUCAAGUCUGUCCCAGGGGGCGUUACGGCCUGCAGUGCCGAUACACACGCAGAUGUCAAAAUGGUGGCCAGUGUGAUCAUAUAGAUGGUAAAUGCACAUGUGGCCUUGGCUGGACCGGACCGGACUGUGAUACAGCCUGUUCACAGGGGAAAUACGGUGUUAAUUGUUCCCAAGACUGUCCUUGCCUCAAUGGUGGGACAUGUGACCGCUUUAUUGGCAGCUGCAACUGUACAGCUGGGUACUACGGCCACUCCUGUCAACAUAGAUGCCCACUUGGAUAUUUUGGUGUGAAUUGUGGCCUUACUUGCGAUUGUAAGUCUGGGCAGACCUGCGAUCACGAGACGGGACAAUGUGUGUGCCUACCAGGCUACGAUGGGCCUCAGUGCCAAAGCCGAUGUGAAGCCGGCAAGUUUGGCUCUAAGUGUGAAAGGUCAUGUGACUGUUCAGGUGGCUCAUGUGACCCGUCCACUGGACGUUGCCUCUGUUCUCCCGGAAGGACGGGACAGAGGUGUGAAAAAGAGUGCAGUGGGGACCGAUUCGGACCAGACUGCUCUCUGUCUUGCCAGUGUUCUCACGAGGCCCGCUGUGACGGGGUGACUGGACGCUGCCGUUGCCCACUCACCUGGCUGGGCCCCACCUGUGGUGAAGCGUUGCUUCACCCGAACACGAGGACAGCCGAACCUUUCCAUGUCCCGGAGAAAGAGAAGCGCGGCCAGUCAAAGUGUAUAAACGCCAGCAUUACAACACAAGAGCCUGGAGCUCAAGACGAUCCACUGAUAAACUUGACCCGUGAGCCGGCCUCAGAGAACCGCAAAUUGUAACCUUUAAAAGGACUCUGUCUAUCUAGAUACGCUGUUAUAAAGGGGAAUCGCUUACUGUGUGCACAAUCGAAGUAUAAAGUCAUUGAAUGAAUACAUUUUGAAACCCGUUGAUUGACUGACCAUCUGCCCGGGGCGUAGUCCUCCUUUUGCCCAAUCAGCUGCGAUCGGCUCCCCGCAACUGUGUGCAUGAUGUAUUUAUUUCAGCACAUUUGCCACGGAGUCAGAAUUGAGCUAACGGCCGUAGCAGAGAUGUACACAUUUGACAAACACAAGUUAAUUGCCAAGCUAAAGCCAAGUUUUGUCUUCCUGCAUAUACACUUAGUAAUCUGUUGUGGUAUAAAAUUGCACC